AUGUCCGAUGCCAGCCAGCGUGCCGCACAGCAGCGGCGCAUACAGCAACUCCACGAGCGACUUGAGCUGUACAACAUCGCUGACAGCCACGAGGACCCGACGAGCACCUCUGCUGGUGGCGUAGGCUCCGCUGGUGCUGGUGGUCUGCAGGCCGGUAGUGAAGGCAUGGCACCGUCGACGAAGCCGUCCCGAGCUGCUCCGAUGCUCAGUUCGCCCAAUCCCACGCCGACGUCGUCUCCUGCUUCCAGUGCAUUCUUCUUUGCCUCUUCAUUGCUGCGACGAACGGCAGAUGCAGACGUGCCGUCAUUCACGUUUGGGCUGCAGCGGGGCAACGGUGGCCCCGCUGCCCCGUCAGCGGCUGGAAUGCCUGAGGGGUCUCGGGCUUCGCCGACACCGCAGCCGCAUGCGCAAGUGCAGAUGCCAGCUCCUGUGCCUGCACCCCAGCUCGCCCGUAACCUCGCUCAAGAGUUCGUUGGGUCCGCUGCGAGCCCGAUUGGUGCGUCACCAACCAGAGGUGCCUCUCGCUCUUCGGUAAUGACUAGCGGAGCAGCCGCUUCCCCAGCUGCUCCGGGACGUCCGUCUACCGGCGCUGCCUACCCCAAGUCUGCAACUGUGGCAGCAGAGGCCGUGACGACCGCCAACACCGACUCUCAGCGUCGCACCUCCAAUCGUUUUGAUCGUUACGAGGGCUCUAAGACUGACGGGAGCGAGUACGACGAGUAUGAGGUGGAGGAGGUGGAGGACUACACAGAGGGCUACGAGGACGAGGAGGAUGACGAGGAGCAUACAAAGGAGGAAGUGGGCCUGACGCUGGAAGACAUGCUGUAUCGCCUCCACCGUGCCUGCAGCAGUUCCUCAGAUCAUGCGAUGACAUCAUCCUCGCUACAGCAGGCUAUAGCCGCAGCAACCGCAUCGUCCCCGCUUGCUCGUGAUUCGUCGCUGGCAUCUGCGCCACCGACUGCGGCCGUGGCUCCUCGUGUUGCGUCAACCGCCACCACCACCAACUCCAUGGGUACUACCCAUCCCUUUCUCCAGCAAGCGGCGGAGGUGUAUCGUCAGCGUCAUCUUCACAAAGGCACUCAGGAGCAGCAACAACAUCACAGUCCUUUCAACACUGGCCACACGUGGAGCACAGAUGAGGAAAGGAGCUUGACCGACACGUCGACCUCCGAGAUAACGGGAGAGCUGGACGACGUUUCUGAGAGCGGCUCCUCCUCCGGUACUUCCUCUGCUGCUGCUGCUGCUCCAAAAAAGGCCGUGGCUGCGGCUAACGCAACAGCAGCUCUACAAAACGACGGCUUAUCAGCGGCGGCACCGGUGCCACUUGCAGUGGCAACUGCCGCGACUCGCUCUCCCUUAGACGGGGCGAGCGCGGGGAAUGCGCUCCCUUCCUCGGCCCUGUGCUUUGACCAGCUCGAGGCUGCCUAUCGACGCCUGCUCGUCCUUCAAGAAGGGUCCAAGUACGUAUCCGAGCGUGUGGGGCCAGAGUGCUUUCCACGCCCCCUCCCGCGCCAAGAGAGCGCCUACGCACUAGCGGAGCAGCGCGACCUGGUGGUGAAGCGUGACACGGAGAUGCGGGCGGCGCCUCCUGCAGGGGCCACGCUGGAGGAUUUGCGGCAGCGCGAGAACGCUGCCGUUGAAAAGACGCUGGGAUUGCUUCGCGAGAAGUUUGACGCGGCGAUGAAGUCUUUGAGGCCCGUCAUUGAUCGUGAGGCACUCAUAGAGGGAAAACGGCACAUGCUGAAGCAGCGAGAGUUGGACAUUGCCAAGCAGCAUGAGGCCCGGCUCGUCGUUGAACGCGAGGUCGCCGCGGCGGAGCAGCGCCUCAUGGAGCGCUCGGAGCAACUGAGGAAGAGAGAGGAGGACUACAAUACCCGCCUGCUGCAGCAUGACCAGGAGCAAAAAGCUGCGCAGGAACAGAUAGGCGAGGUAGAGCAGCUGAGCAAGCAAGUCUCCUCGUGGUUAGCGAUUCUCGAAGAACGCGAUCGUCGUCUGGCUCGGAAGGAGAAGCGUCUGCAGCGUGUGCAGGCAGACCUGCUGAGGCGCAUCGAAGAUGUCACCGUGUGGAAGAGGGCGACGCAGCGCAUCAAGCAAAUCCCACCUCCCCCGUCUCCGCCACGCAUCAGCUGA